CACUCACUCACUCACUCACGCUCCGCUUUUAUUACUACUCAGCUUUCCUUUUCUGAGUUUCUCACUCUCUCUCUCUCUCAAUAACAAACACUGUUCAUCUUUGAGGCAUGAACCAUGAUGGAUAAAGAGUGCGGUGUUCGGGUCACUCGAGCAAUGGCUAGAGCCUUCGGAAGGGUUUCUGCCUCUUCAAGGCCUUCCUUUAAAAGGGAAACGAAAACCAAACCUUCUUCUUCUUCUUCUUCUUUUGAUGGCAAGAGGGUAGUAGUAGUACUUGGUGAUGUUACAAACAUUAGCAGAAAAUCACUGAAAAAGUGUGUUGCGAGUGAGACAUCCAAAGUUGAGGUAUGCAGUACGAGAGGAGGUUAUAAGAAGACAAUCACAGAGGGAGCUUCUGGUGUCUCCACGCAAGUUUUGUCAACCCAAGAAGAUGUUAGAGCAAAGUUAACCAAAGAUUUGUCCACAGCAUCGAUGGUACAGUCACAUGGCACUGUUGUAUCUGAAAGACCGGAAGACAGAAUGUUAGUGCAACCUUGUAUGUCAAGGGGCAUUAGAGGAGGUCUUAUGGCGGGUUCCCUGCUUUUAAUGCAGGGCUCUAUGAAAUCUGAUGAAUUCCCUAGCUCUUCAUACAAAGACAUUGAUAUAAUUUCUGAGAAACUAAAACCUUCAGAUGGUUUGGGCAUUGUGGACAUUGAUUCAGUGGAGUUAAAGGAUCCUCAAGUUUGGAGUUCAUAUGCCCCUGAUAUAUACAAAAAUAUAUGUGUCAGAGAGUUUGAAAGGAGAUCGUUAUCAAAUUACAUGGAUGAGUUGCAGCAAGAUAUCAAUCCAAGCAUGCGGGGAAUUCUGAUUGAUUGGCUUGUGGAGGUUUCUGAGGAAUAUAAGCUUGUUCCAGACACUCUUUACCUUACAGUAAAUCUCAUUGAUCGGUUUCUUUCUCAGAGUUUGAUUCAGAAACAAAGGCUCCAAUUGCUGGGUGUUACAUGCAUGCUGAUAGCAUCAAAGUAUGAAGAGAUGUGUGCUCCUCGAGUAGAAGAUUUUUGCUUCAUCACCGAUAAUUCGUACACAAAAGCAGAGGUAUUGAAAAUGGAGAGUGAGAUUCUAAAUGUAUUGCAUUUUCAAUUAUCUGUUCCCACCACUAAAACAUUUCUCAGGAGGUUUAUCCUUGCAGCUCAAUAUUCUUACAAGGUUUCUGAUGCCGAACUGGAAUUUCUGGCAAAUUAUUUAGCAGAGCUUACUCUUGUUGAAUACAGCUUCUUGCAGUUUCUACCUUCCCUGAUAGCUGCAUCUGCUGUAUUACUUGCCAGAUGGACCCUCAACCAGUCGGAACAUCCAUGGAAUUCAACUAUGGAACACUAUACAAAUUACAAAGUGUCAGAGCUUAAAACUACUGUCCUUGCACUGGCAGAUUUGCAACUUGAUACCAAAGGCUAUUGUUUGAAUGCUAUACGUGAAAAAUAUAAACAGCAAAAGUUCAAGAGUGUGGCAAAUUUGUCUCCGAAACCGGUGCAGUCACUUUUCCAGGCUCAAGUAUAAAUUGUAAAUGGCAUAUCUGAAGACUAAAUAUUGACUUCAGGAAUUUCUGAUACAGGAAUGGUGUAUCGCUGGUUGUAAUUAUUUAACCAUCUAAUCAUUGUUAAUUCUCAAUUAAGGUCUGAUCAGUAGUUGUAACUUGUAGGAUGGUACCAAACUCAGGUGCUUCCGGAUCUCCUUGUAACGUGAAAUUGUUACAUCAUGAUAAGUCAAAGUAGAUAAUUGUAGUUCUAGCAUCUAUUUUAGACUCCAUUUUCAGUAAGCCUUUAGGCAACAAGCUAUGCAACUGCUCAAGGUUACUUUUGUAUUGUAUCAACCAUUCGUGUGUAAUAAAAAUUGGCCGUGAAAUUGGUGAUAUUA